AUGGCUCGUUUCAGGAGGCAAUUAGCCAGAUCAAAAUACAUUAGUUCCAUCAGAGAUUCCAGAGCAAAAGAACUUAUUCAUGGGAGCGACGCUUCAGCAAUGCGAAGCAAAAAACUCGACCUUCCAACAGACGGACCUUUUAAGAAAAUUCUCAUCGAUCACGAAAUUUCAAAAAGUUGUCGCUUAUUGUUUUCGUUUUGCAGAAAGGAGUCUCGGAAAACAGGGUCGCUGACAGUAGGGGAACUCGACAGAGCCCUGAACAAAAUAAUUCAAUGGACCCAAGAGGAAGCAUUUCCGAAAGAGAUUAAAAAUUUGCGGGCCGGGAAGAUAAUCGACAAUCGGAGCACUUUAAUCAAUCUCAAACCACUCAUAGAUAAUGUGGGUCUCCUGAGAGUAGGAGGGCGAUUGAACAAAGUAAAAAUUUCGGAGGAGCAAAAACAUCCCAUCAUCCUUCCUGCCAAACAUCAUAUAACGAUGCUACUGCUCCGCGAAGAAUACGUUGAAUUGUUACAUUGCGGUCCACGGCAGCUUCUUAGUUCCAUACACAAUAGAUACUGGCCUCAACCCGGAACACGAGAGGUUCGUAAAGUAACACGUGGUUGUGUGCCGUGCUUUCGGUACAAACCUAAAGCACAAGAACACUUAAUAGCAGACCUACCAGAAUCUAGAGUCAAUAUAUUCUCUAAGCCCUUCGCGAUCACAGGGAUUGACUAUGCAGGAUCCUUGCAGGUCAGAGAAAGUCGAAGAAGAGGACAGAUUCAUAUAUCGAAAGGUUAUAUUGCCGUGUUUACUUGCUUUGCAACAAAAGCAGUACAUUUAGAGUUGGUCAGCGAUCUGACUACAGCAACAUUCUUAGCAGCACUUCGGCGAUUUAUAAGUCGUAGAGGACUUUGUUCUACUAUUUAUUCAGAUAACGCUACAAAUUUUAUAGGAGCAGCACGAGAACUCGAAGAUAUCUAUACGUUCCUGAAAAUUCAUAACCCAGAAUUGCAAAUAAUAUUAGCAGCUCAGAGGAUCGAAUGA